AUGCCAACUAGACCCAGUUCUGCAAUAAUCCUGUCAGAAACCAACAAACAAGGGAAGAAAGUUAAACCCAGGAAGAAUGAGAAGACAAAUGCAGAAAAAGUUCCUGUUUAUGUACCAAACAUCCCAGAGCCAACACGCAGAGCUGAGCUGAUGAAGUACUGGAUGAAUUUGUGUUUGGACGAUAAGACUGCCAACAAGAUGUUGUGGAUUUCUGACAGCGGCUCUAAGGUGUGCCGUAGAACUGAGGAGGUUUGUCCUGUUCUGGAUAGACCAGAGAGAUAUGAGUACUCUCCACAGGUGGUGUGCAAAGAGGCUAUUUGGAACAUGAGGGCUUACUGGGAGGUGGAGUAUUCGGGGUGGGUGGUGAUUGGUGCCGCAUAUGAAGGAGCAGGACGGAGGGCUCAUUCUGGGCCGAGCGGCCUUGGAGAAAAUGAGGAGUCCUGGGGUCUGUGUUGGUCGGGAACAUACUACCAGAUCUGGUUCAACGGUAUAAACAAAGACAUAAAGGAUGUCCCUUAUUGCUCCACCAUUGGAGUUUACAUCGACCAGCCUGCAGGGAUUAUAAGCUUUUAUACUGUAACUGGCGAGGGGGCAGAGCGGGAGGUUAAACUGCUGCAUAAAGUUAAGACUUGUAUCGACAAAAAGAUCCUUCCAGGUUUCUGGAUGGGAAUCCAGUCCUCAUGCUCAAUAAUAAAGAGGCCAGAAUGA